ACAAAUACAGCGCAGAAAGAACAGCGGGGAGCACAAAGGAAUUAAAACACAGCACCUCGAAAACUUUAAAUGCCCGCGCGGUGUGAUGUGAAUUCGUGCGAGCGUUGUUUAAACUGUGAGGUUUGGCGGAUGGCAGGCGGACAACUGCCCGAGAAACACAAGGAAUGUGAGUGAGCGGAGGGGAGCAGCAGGGCGAACCGCUGUCUCCGACUAUCGCUGCUUUUUGUCAGCUGAGCUGUUCGCAUCCCGAGGCCCAGCCGUUACCUCAGGCCUCAACUCAGAAGGUAAAUUCCCUUCAUACAGUCUGUCUGAUUACGGUAACCCCACGUUGUACGCUCGUAUCGGGCUGCUUUGUCGUCUAAGCAUCGAUAAGAGCAAACGGAGCGACUAUUAGCGCCGUGUUGCGUUGGCUAGCGCUAGCUUGAUAGCUAACGGCGGUUAGCUAAUGUACAGCAGCUGCGUCGAUGUGUGCAGGGUUAUCCACGGUCAAACCCGGAAUGUGGCUGAAUCGGCUUCAAAAUAAAUGGGGACGCAUUUCCUGUACAGAGUCAGGACCUGACUCCAACAUGGGGGUCAAGACCUUCACCCACAGCUCGACCUCCCACAGCCAGGAGAUGCUGGAGAAGCUCAACGCUUUACGCAACGAGGGUCACUUGUGUGAUGUCACCAUCCGCGUCCAAGACAAGCUCUUCCUGGCUCACAAAGUGGUGCUCGCCUGCUGCAGUGAAUUCUUCCGCUCCAAACUGGUGGGCCGGCCGGAGGAGGAGGACAAGUUUGUGUUGGACCUCCAUCAUGUGACUGUUAGCGGCUUCGCACCUCUGUUGGAGUACGCCUACACGUCGACCCUCUCCAUCAGCACGGAGAACAUCAUCGACGUCCUGGCGGCUGCAAGCUACAUGCAGAUGUUUGCUGUGGCGAGCACGUGUUCUGAGUUCAUGAAGUCAAGUAUUCUGUGGAGCCCGGGCAACAACAACAACAACAACAACAUGACGGCAGACAAACCGCACGAAACAGCACAAGAGAGCGCCUCGUCUAACUGCGCCCUGACGCCUCUGGACGGCAGCGUGUCGCCGGUGUCGUCGGACUGCAGUGUGAUGGAGAGAAACGUUCCUAUCUGCCGCGAGUCCCGACGGAAACGCAAGAGCUUUGUAACAAUGGCGUCACCUGAGAGUCCGCUCAAAUGCACUACACAGAUCGUCACCACCUCCCCUCAGAUCCCCAACCCCUCCCCUUCAUUCUCAGACAGCACAGCCCAGCCCGUGGAGUCCUCCCUGGCCUUCCCGUGGACGUUCCCGUUCGGCAUCGACCGGAGGUUCCACUCGGACAAAUCGAAGCUCCCGGAGAGCCCUCGCUGUUUAGAGCAGGGCGCUCCGGCGACCUCGGAGGUGGUGGUGGGCCGGCGGCUCAGCGACUUCCUGACGUGCGAGAGCUCCAAGGCAGUGUCGUCGCCCGUGCCGGCAGAAGAAGAAGACGUGAGGGUGAAGGUGGAGCGUCUCAGUGAUGAGGAGGUUCAGGAGGCGUCCUCUCAACCGGUCAGUGCCUCCCAGAGCUCGAUGAGUGACCAGCAGACGGUGCCGGGGAGUGAGCAGGUCCAGGAGGAGCUCCUCAUCAGUCCACAGUCCUCUUCUAUAGGGUCGAUGGAUGAGGGAGUGUCUGAGGGCUUGCCGUCAAUGCAGAGCACCUCUAACGCUGGAGGACAUGCAGAAGAUGACGAAAGGCUGGAGGGUAUUCAGUACCCGUACCACCUCUACAUCAGCCCUUCAGCCCGACCCGGCACCAACGGCCCUGACCGGCCCUUUCAGUGUCCCACCUGCGGAGUCCGAUUCACACGCAUUCAAAAUCUGAAGCAGCACAUGCUCAUACACUCCGGCAUUAAGCCUUUCCAGUGUGACCGCUGUGGGAAAAAGUUCACACGGGCCUACUCCCUAAAGAUGCAUCGGCUGAAGCACGAAGGUAAACGCUGUUUCCGGUGCCAGAUUUGUAGCGCCACAUUCACGUCCUUCGGUGAAUAUAAGCACCACAUGAGGGUCUCCCGACACAUAAUCCGCAAGCCGCGGAUUUACGAGUGCAAAACGUGCGGCGCCAUGUUCACCAACUCUGGCAAUUUAAUUGUACACCUGAGGAGUCUGAACCAUGAGGCAUCCGAACUAGCAAACUACUUCCAGAGCAGUGAUUUCCUCGUGCCCGACUACCUGAGCCAGGUACAGGAGGAGGAGGAGGUGCUGGGAGUCCAGUAUGAGCUGGAGGAGUCCCAGCAUCACCCCGUCUACCCGGUCAGCACCUCCACCUCCACCACCACUGCCGCCUCGUCCUCCUCCUCAGUCCAGAUGCCCGUCAUCUCCCAGGUCUCCUCCUCUACCCAGAAUUGCGAGAGUUCCUCCGGCUUCCUUUCACCUGAGCCCCUGGAUCCCCUGGAAGCCCCAGCCUCCCUCAAGAUGGACGCUGACGAGACGGCAGCCAUGACAGAGGAGACCAAGAUGGACAACAGUGUGGGGGGCAGUUCCCCAGAGGUGUUUGAAGAAGAGCAGCAGCAGCAGCAGCAGCAGCAUGCCCAGGCACAGGAGCUGGUUUCCAUUACCAUAGAAUGAUUCAAGUCUUCUACUUGCCCAUCAUGUCUUAUUUUGCAGCCAUGUCAUAUGGGAACAUCUGUUGGGACGCCAUGACGGCUUAAAGGGACGACUCGGACACGGUGAAGCUUCGUCGUGUGAAGCCAUCAAGACGCCAUGAUCGAAGUUACCUGAAGACUUCAGUUGCCUUAGUGUUGCUUUCCACUUGCAACUCAGAUGCACUUAUUUGAUUUCAUGUUUUACACCAAACCAAAUUCAGCAAAGUAAAUGAUCAUUUUCUUUGUUUAUAUUAUAAUUUCUUGAACUUGACUGAAGCAAUUUCCUUGUCGGCGACAUGAGAUUUCACUAGAUCAUAAAAUCUGGGUUCAGUUCAUCCCCAGACCUGAAUUUCAAAAUAGUAUUUAUCACCCGGGAAAGCAAGUGAACAGUAUUUUUUAAGAGUAGUUUUACAGAAGGUUGUUUUUUUGUUUUUUUUUCCCAUAUGACGUGAAUGCAGCGCUAGCUAAAGUCAUUUCUGUCUUAGCCAAUUUGAGGUCUGUUAAAUCCAAGCCUUGUCCUAUUUUUGGAAAGUGCCUGAGUUCCCAUUUUAACAAGGUAACCUGUAGAGGAAGAAGAGGUCUUGACUUUGCCAACGGUGACAAAUCAAGUCUUUGCAAACUGAGCUAAAGAAAAAAAAAAACUUGUAUUUCAUUUGUAGUGAUAAUGCUAGUUUGUAUGGGCAGAGACUGUGUUAUUCCUUCAGUGCCGUCGCUAUAGGCAAACUGUUAAAUGUCUAUAUUAUCUAUAUUGCAAUAGCUUGUACUGUAGUUUUACUAUUUGAAUGCUGUGUAAGUUGGGUGUUGUGAAAUAUGACAUGUCAGGUGUGUGCGUGCAUUUCUUUUUAUCAAUAUGAACACAGUACAUUUCAUUUUUAAAUGUUUAAAACUUGAAAUUAUAUUGACAGAGUAUUCCCUUUAGAUGUUUGUGCAGUUUAUGAUUUUUCUGACCUACGACAAAUAUUUUCUUUCCUUUUUUUUUUUUCAUGUUCGAUGAACACUGUUGUUACAUCAAAGCUAAACUCGAGGAGUUUAGAAAAACUCAGAUCAGCACUGAUGCAUCUUUUUAAAAACAAAAAAAUCCAAACAAAUAAUGACAAAUGUUGUUUAAAAAAAAAAAAAAGAAAAAUAAGAAUUUAAAAUUUGAAGUUACAAGGUUUCCUCACAGCUGCAGUGUUGUAGUCCCAAAUGGGCUCUAAGAUAUGAGAUAUGGUAAUGUAGCAUUUCAUCCUAGCUGAAGUUAGGCCUGCUUAAUGUCAAACAGCAUUUUAAACCCAGUUUGUUAUUGAUAUCUGAUUAUGGCUUUCAACCUCUGGUCGUCCUGAUUUACCAAGGUACACUGCUGAUGUUCUAAGGUGUUGCAUGACUGUUACAGUGAUGUUUCAUUUCGGUACACCAUGAUUGUCUUUUUCAACGUUUCAUCCUCGUGAGACUUUGUGGGUGAAACGCCAAGAAUAUUACGUUGACCCCCAAAGUGUGGACUGACCACCAGCACCCUCUCUGUUGUUUUUUUUUUUUUACUGAAGUUGUCACAAAUUUUAAAGCUACUUUGUGAAAAUUUCCCUGACUAAAAUUUUGAAAUUUACUGUACGCCUGCAUCCAGGGAAGCAGGAAGUGAUACACACAGAUGAUGGUGGCUGUCUGUGAUGGCCUGUGUUCAGUCAGAACAGAUUUUAAGGACGUUGGGUGUUUAUGUGAUAAUAUUGCUUUGGAAGCAAUGGGAGCGUGUUCGUGUGAAUGCAAAUACUGUGAGUGGAAUCAUUAUAAAUGAUGACUUAAACAUGUUGUGUCAGGCAAGAGCCGAUAACACAGUUUGGCAGUUUGUUACUAAUUUCAUCGACGUUUUAUUUUAUGCUGAUUUUGGGUCAAACCUCCGGCUCCUGUUUCCUGUGUCGUGCCAACAUGGUUGUAAUUUUGUACUUAGACAUUGUUGUGCCUGUAUUUUUGAGGAGAUAAUGACGCCCAUGGUGACGAUCCAUGAGUUGAAUGCUACUGACUGUGAGUGGGUUUCUCGUUCAGUGAAAUCUUUUUAUUUUCUGUUGCCCCCCCCCCUCAGAAUCGUACUUAUGGCCCACGUUUGGGAUUAUCACAGCAGGAUGUAAGCCCUCACACGCAGGGUUGAUUGUAAAUGCAAAGAUGAAUAUUGCUGUGAUAAGGGCAUCAAUAUUACAGUGUCCUGACCAUUGAAAUCCACUGAGAGCUGUCUUAAUAAGAGCCCCCCCCCCGUGCCAUCCUAUCAGACACUUUUUAGAAGUUGUGCCAUUUGCCCUUUUUGUCUGGGUACAAAUCAAGCUUUUUUCCUCCAGGACCAAAUGUCCUCUAUGUCAUUGGGGAUUUGCCAUGGCAAUCAGUAACUGCACAUAAUAAAAUAGAGAUAAUCAUUUUGAGUGGUCCAUGCUAUUUAGCAAAGGGGGUCCCGCUGUCUCGCCCCUGAAAACACUGUAUGAUGUUGUGCAUUUAAGAGGCUAGCCUUAGUAAAUGGACCUAUUAACUCUAGUUGCACAAUAUCGAAAUUCAAAAAAAAAAAAAAAAAGUUUUCUAUUCUCCAUUUGUACGUCAUGCUUUUUUCAUCUGUUGUGUUCGGUGUCUGUAUUCAAACAACGUUUUUAUAAUGAAAUGCUGCUGUUUGUUGAAACGCAAAGUGCCCAAAAUAUUUUUGUGAACCAAUGGUGUGCAAUAAAUGGACAGGUGGUGUUUUAAAAGUUUUAAUUUUGUCUUUGGAAUGAUGAAUUAUAUAUAUAUACAUACAUACAUAUAUAUAUAUAUAAAAAGAAUGUACCAUUUUGUUUUAUUCAAAUGUGACUGAAGGUAGGCAAGGACCCCAUUUGAUCUGUGAAACAAGGAACAAGGCUUUGAUAUCAAGUGACUGGUUCUGUUCAGUUCCUUUCUGUUUGUUUCUGAAGUUGCAUGUUCAUAUCGUUGUGUGAAGUGGAGAGCAUGUCUCCAGGUGGCGAUGCGUUCUGUCAAGGCCUUAUUUGUUGACGACUCUUCAUCCAGCAUAGCUUCGAUCUGUUGUUCAGCAUGCCCUUCUUCUUUUCUGUACGUUUUUCCCUUUUUAUGUGCAAUGUUUUAAAAAUAUCUCGAUUAUAUACAGGACAUGCCUUUUCAAUGUACACUUGAUGUUGUAUACGUUUUCCAGUCCUUAUGGUUUUAUUUAAAAGUAGGAAAAUAUAAGAAAAAAAAAAACAUGGUAGCUCUUCAUAAUGGCAUAUAUAUUUUUGGUGACUUUUGUAUGGGUGCUGUUUCAUGGCAUCUUUGGAUAUUCUUGUUAAAUGUGAAUAGAACAGCAUAGUCUGGGAGUAUGGGGGGCCUUGGUAGUCUUCACUUUGUGACUGUCUGCAGUGUGUGUAUAUGUAUAUAUAUAUAUAUAAAUAUACAGUAUAUACACUCAUACUAUGUUGCGUAUUCUUUAUACUGUAGGCUACUUGAUUACAACCUGCUUUGAGACAGAUGUUGUAUUUUGUGUCUUUGAUACUGUAUUUAAACUGUAGUUCGGAGAAACUGUACAAAAACAUCCCAGAUAGUAACACAACCUGCACAGUGAUAAGGGAGAACUGAUGUUUGUGGUGUUGAGUGUUUUAACUGGAUCAUAUUCCACAGUUGGCUUUUAAAAACUGACAAGACCACUCUGUAUUUUAGGGUUUAUGGUUGUUCUGAAUCUUUACUAGUGCUCUGGCUUUGCAGUCCUGUUGUUAUUAAAAGAGUCGUUUUUUGUAAAAGUAUAAAAUGUAAAUAAAAAAACUAAAAGU